UUUGAAGGGCGAAGAAGAGUAAAGACGUCACUCGGUGAAGGUGGCCGGACAACCAAGAUGGCGUCCGCGGUGCUGAGGUCGCUUACCAAACUGGGACGCCCUUCAACAAAACUCAUCCUAAACCCGACGAAUGGUCGCUGCGCCGUCCUGCAAAGCCGGAAGAAGCAGUGGCAGCCGGACGUGGAGUGGACCGAGCAGUUCGCCGGCGCAGUCAUGUACCCCACGGCUGUCAAUAAGAACUGGACGCCGCCCCCGUGGAACGACAAAGACCCCCCGGCCGAGAAGGACGUGUCCAACCUGACCAUCAACUUCGGACCGCAGCAUCCGGCCGCUCACGGAGUGCUGCGCCUGGUGAUGGAGCUGAGCGGCGAGUCCGUCAAAAAGUGCGACCCGCACAUCGGCCUGCUUCACCGGGGCACGGAGAAGCUCAUCGAGUACAAGACUUACUUGCAGGCUCUGCCCUACUUUGACCGGCUGGACUACAUUUCCAUGAUGUGCAACGAGGAGGCCUACUCGCUGGCCGUGGAGAGGCUGCUCAACAUCAAGGCGCCGCCCCGCGCCGAGUGGAUCCGAGUUCUGUACGGGGAGAUGACCCGCAUCCUGAACCACAUCAUGGCCAUCACCACUCACGCGCUCGACAUCGGCGCCAUGACCCCCUUCUUCUGGAUGUUUGAGGAGCGAGAGAAGAUGUUUGAGUUCUACGAGCGCGUGUCCGGAGCCAGGAUGCACGCCGCCUACAUCCGCCCCGGCGGUGUCCAUCAGGAUCUUCCUUUGGGCCUGAUGGACGACAUCUACGAGUGGUGCAAGAAUUUCUCCAUCCGCAUCGAUGAGGUGGAAGAGAUGUUGACUAAUAACCGCAUCUGGAAGAACCGCACCGUGGAUAUCGGCGUGGUGACUGCAGAAGAAGCCCUCAACUACGGCUUCAGCGGCGUGAUGCUGAGAGGCUCCGGCAUCAAGUGGGACCUGCGCAAGUCUCAGCCCUACGACAAGUACGACGAGGUGGAGUUCGACGUCCCGAUCGGCAGCAACGGCGACUGCUACGACCGGUACCUCUGUCGGGUGGAGGAAAUGAGGCAGUCGCUGCGGAUCAUGCACCAGGCCCUCAACAAGAUGCCGGAAGGGGAGAUCAAGGUGGACGACGCCAAGGUGGCUCCGCCCAAGAGGUCCGAGAUGAAGAUGUCCAUGGAGUCCUUGAUCCACCACUUCAAGCUGUACACCGAGGGGUACCAGGUCCCCCCAGGGGCGACGUACACGGCAGUGGAAGCCCCCAAGGGCGAGUUCGGCGUCUACUUGGUGUCGGACGGCUCCAGCAGGCCCUACCGUUGCAAGAUCAAAGCUCCCGGAUUCGCCCACCUGGCCGGUCUGGACAAAAUGGCCAAAGGUCACAUGCUCGCGGACGUCGUGGCCAUUAUUGGCACUCAGGACAUCGUUUUUGGAGAGGUGGACCGCUAAGCGUGACCGGACCUGGCCUCAGUCUCAGUCGGUCGGUCGGGCUCGCCCGAUUGUGUUACUGGAAAUGCUGAAUAAAAUAUUGGUUGAACUCAAAAGAAAAUGAUGUCAUCUGUACU